UUUAAUAUAUCGAUAGUUUUUGCCCAAUCCUAGUCUGUGGCUAAUUCGUGGUGAUUCGGUGCUGGGAUCGUAGAUCUUUUGUCGUCUUUAUGUACUUGAAGAAAUAAAUACAAUGACAAGCAGAAAUAACUUAAAGAGUCCACGAAUGAAUUUUAAAGUCCAAAAUGAGUUUACAGAAAGCAAAGGAACUAAACCAAUACGUGAAGCUUCUUCGAUCUUAGAAGUACUGACUUUAAUGAUUGUGCACGUUUGUAAGAAGAUUCUAUUUUUUGACAUCAAUUUAAAAAUAGCUUUAUAUUUAGGUGCACUAUUCUUACUUUCUCUAAUUGCUGAUGUUUUGGUUUUUCCCAAGUCUUACUUUUCCAGAAGUGACAAUGUUUUUAAUCAAUAUUUUGUGAAAAUUGGUUGGUUUUGGACUUUGUUUUUAACAGUUCCCUAUGUUCUGUUGACAUCCUAUACUACUUGUUGUGGUAAGAAAAGGCUCAUACUAACAAGUCAUUUAUUUCGGCUCGUGAUAGCUACUGGUUUUUGGUAUGGAUGGACCACACUGUUUAAUUAUAUUGAAACAAAAUAUGGACGUUGUAAUAUGAAAUCAAUUGAUGAUAAAAGCACAUGUUUAAAAAAUGGACACUUUUGGAAUGGAUUUGACAUAUCCGGACAUUGUUUCAUUUUGAUAUAUUCUAGCUUAGUCAUGAUUGAAGAAGCUAGAGCUAUAAUUGGAUGGGAAGGAAUUAAAGAUUUUAUUCGGGAUGAGAAAUAUUCUAGAAGCAUUGAUGAUAGAACAACUCGUACUAAUCCAUUAAAAAACAUUAAGGUAGAAGAAUUAGAUGUCUUGAAAUUAUCAUAUGAAAAUUUUACACCUUAUGUGAGAGGGUUAUUGAUUGCAAUAGCACUUCUGCAAUUACUAUGGGAUGUCAUGUUAGUCUCCACGAUAUUGUAUUAUCAUAUUAUGGUAGAGAAGUUUAUAAGUGGUGUGAUUGCAAUACUAACAUGGUUUAUUACUUAUAGAGUUUGGUUUAGAAUUCCCAGUUUAUUACCAAAUUCACCUGGAGAUGGAAUAUUUAAAUACAACAAAGACAAACCUUUACCUGCUACUCCAAUUUAUCGAAAAAGAAUGAGUUCUAAUGGAAAGCAUUUUAUGGGAAUGCCUCUCAAUAAAAGCCAAGACAAUGCAGAAGAAGAAACAAGAUAAUAUAAUUUAAAUUUAUUUAUGUUUGUACAUACUAUGUGGUUGAUUUUAAGCUGGUGCGUUGUUGAAAAUUUUAUUAAGGUUAUAUAAGUCUAUUUAACAUAAAGUUAAACCACAAAUUAGUUUAUAAGGGGUAUUGGUAUUGAUAAAAAAACUUGAAUAUAUUAAUUCACAAUAUCCUAUUGGUACUAUGAACAAAUCAAAGGUAUAUAUGGUACAAAUUAUUUGCAAGGGACAUAGGAUAUAGUAAUGUAAAGAUUUAUAUAUAAUUUAAUAAUUAACAACUUAAUAUACAAUAUGAUUUAAACAAAUGAAAUAAACAAUUAAAAACUUCUAGACAAAAUGUAAUAUAUAAUUUUAUCUAUCUGACUGAAACCCAAACAGAUGUAAAGCUAUACUCACAUCUAUCUAUUACUCUAAUGAAGAUAUUAAAUAUUUAUGUAAAAAGCAGGUAAAGAUAUCUUUUGCUUGAUGAUGUGAAGCUAAACACUAUUUCUCCCUUGCACAUAAUUUAUUGAGUAUUAGUAGUAGCAAACAGCAGAUUUCAUUUAUAUUUCAAUCUAAAUGAAAUCUGCUGUUGCUUAUAAAUGAAAGUUGAAAUAAGUUCUAUGGCUGUUAGAUUUAAGAUUUUGUUUGUUUUUCAUGGGCUGAAAAAAGUAAGGAAAUUAGCAGUGGUUGGUCAUUUUAAGUUACAAGUGCUGUAUCUUCUAUAUUUAUUCAGACUAAUCUAUUAAGCAUUUGCUUAUAAUUUAUUAUAAACUAUUUGUAAAAAUAGCUAGUUUAAGUAUACAAAUUUCUUAAACAUUAUUUAACAUUAAAUUAUGUGAAGAGCAUGGAAAUGUGUCAA